ACAGCGGAAGUGUCGUAGGCGGAAGUGCUGUGCAGGUCGCAGAGCCGGGACUCGACCUGUGAAUAUAAACACAGAUAAAGAAUCGAUGUGUUCGUGAGCAGCGGCUUCAUGGCGGUCACCGUGUCCUCGGGAGGGCCGGCUCUCAUCAUGGAGAACGGACAGAGCACCACCAAGCUGGGCCUCCUGCCGCUCACCCCCCACCAGCAGGAGGCGCUGCAGAAGAUGGUGUCUCUGUCCAUGGGUCUGGGUGACGCUCUGUCUCCUCUACAGUCGGUAGCAGCUCAGCGUCAGAGAGCUCUGGCCAUCAUGUGUCGAGUUUACGUGGGCUCCAUCUACUACGAGCUGGGAGAGGACACCAUCAGACAGGCCUUUGCUCCGUUUGGACCCAUCAAAAGCAUUGACAUGUCUUGGGACUCUGUCACCAUGAAGCACAAGGGUUUUGCCUUUGUAGAGUACGAGAUGCCCGAGGGGGCUCAGCUGGCUCUGGAACAGAUGAACUCCAUCGUCCUGGGAGGCAGAAACAUUAAGGUUGGGAGGCCCAGUAACAUUGGCCAGGCUCAGCCAAUCAUCGACCAGCUGGCAGUAGAGGCGCGUGCCUUUAACAGGAUCUACGUGGCAUCGGUUCACCCCGACCUCUCCGACGAUGAUAUCAAGAGUGUCUUCGAGGCCUUCGGAAAGAUCAAGUCCUGCAUGUUGGUCCGGGAGCCAAUCAGCGGAUGGCACAAGGGCUUCGGUUUCGUCGAGUACGAGAAGGCUCAGUCUGCUCUGGACGCCGUGUCCUCCAUGAACCUGUUUGACCUGGGGGGCCAGUACCUGAGGGUGGGGAAGGCUGUGACUCCUCCCCUAACCCUCCUCACGCCGCCGACUACCGGAGGACUCCCCACCGCCAAGAACACUGAUCAGGAGUCGGUUGGAAUGUCGGUGCUCACAGCUCUGGCUGGACCGGUGCUCCUCUCUCAGCCGCCAGGAGGACUUCCUCAGGCGGUCAUGGCUGCUCAGGCUCCAGGUGUCAUCACAGGUGUGACCCCGGCUCCACCUGGACUGCCUCAGGUGGGUUUUGUGAAUGCGGUGCUGGCUUUGCCCCCUCCACCGGUGGCAUCUGUUGGCUCUGAGGCUCUAAGGAAAGAGGAGGAGCAGCAGCAGAGGGGCGGAGCCACAGAGCCGCUCAGCGAGCAGGAGUCCACCGUCAUGGUGCUGAGGAACAUGGUCGGACCCCAUGGCGUCGACGACGACCUGGAGGCAGAGGUCACCGAGGAGUGCGGCAAGUUCGGCCGGGUGAAGCGCGUCGUCAUCUACCGGGAGCGCCAGGGCGAGGAGGACGGCGCCGACAUCAUCGUCAAAAUCUUUGUGGAAUUUUCUGAGGCGGCCGAGAUGAACCGAGCCGUCCGGGCGCUGAACCGCCGCUGGUUUGGAGGCCGGAAGGUGAUCGCCGAGGAAUACGAGCAGGACCACUUUGACCACAGGGACCUGUAGAAUACACACACACACACACACACACACACGCACACACACACAGACGCAACCACACACACACAGACGCAACCAAACACUCUCACAUACAGACGCACACACACACACACACACACUCAUACAUACAUACACACACAAUAUACACACAUUUGUAUACACAAACGUUUCUACACACGCAUACACACGCAUAUACUCUCUCUCUUACACACACACACACACAUUUAAUGGACCUCUGUGCUGAUCUUUUUAUAGGUAUUUUGUAAAAAGACGGUUUCCUCCAAUCACAGACCAGCAGUUCAUCCUCCACAUUUACAUUAUAGAAGAAGCCAACGUUAGCCGCUAACUCUAACAUUAGCCGCUAACUCUAACGUUAGCGGCUAACAUUAGCAUUGGUGGGUAACGUUUAAGGUAGAACUGACAUGACGUGUGUAUAUGUAAAUAUCAUGCAGAGAGCAGCUGAAUGUACGGAAGUGUGGCUGCAGUAAUACACCUUUAUUUAUUAACCUUUAUUUAAUUCAGUUUAUUUUGUCUAUUUAACCCUGUGCAUCCAGAGACUUUAUGAAUAUAAAACCAGACAACAGAAACAUGAAAGAGACAACAGCAGGAAAAGAGAGCGCUGAAGGAUCCUGAACCCUGCAUGCUGACGAAAUAAUCUAGUUAAUAACGAUCUUGUGUUAAUGAUUGACAGCUGAGUGAAGUGUAGAAAGAGUCUGUAAGUAAAGACUCUUUGAUCAUUAAUGUGUUUAUAUUAAGGUUAGCCAGCUACCGACAUGCUAACGUAGCAACUAGGUGGCUCGCGCCUCGAUACCGCGGCUGCUAAUUGGCUCAGGCAGGUGUGUGGGCGGGGCCUCAAUAUCGAUCACUACGACGCAGGCUCCAAAUGACUCAAGAUGGCAGCUCCUGUGUGACGGGGUGUCAGGUGGUACUUUACCUGUGGACUUCAUCCAAACUAGAACUGACUUCAGUUUUGUUCUCCAUGUUGUAGCAACAGUGUGUUCAGGUGUCAAACACCAAAAUAAGUGAAUAAAACGUCUCUGUUUCG